GGAAUAUUGAAACAUCAACAGUGGAUAUUCUACGAAAAACAAUUGCUAUAGUUUGCAGUUUUUCCGGAAUUUAUUGAUAAGCUUGCCACUUACAACAGCAAAAUGAUUCUGAAAGUACAGCACAUCUCUCACAAUGGAUGGUUUUCUUCGGCAGUACAGGCCGAGAAGUAAUUCGUUUGCUGGGUUUAAAAGGAAGUAUACUGCUGGAAAUAUCCCCAGGGAUAUUAAAAAGCAGCCUGGAAGUCCAGUCCUUUCCAGAAAAACUCAAAACCCUGCAGUAGUUAAAAGAAUGUUUAGUUUUAAUAAGGCUCAGAGAUUACCCAAAAUUCCAAGGCCUAGCAGGACAUCUAUCAUAUUUGAUUGUCUCAAAAAAGGCUUAAGGGAAUAUGUUAAAGCGAGACAGAAAGAUUUAGAUGAUAUGAGAUCACAGCAGCAAGGCACUAUGAAAUCUGUCAAGUCUAGAACAGGCUUUCACUAUGAUCUUGAUAAGCAAAUCAAGAACACAGAGAGGUUUAUAAGAAAGUUAGAGUUUCAUCUUACCAAGAUAGAGGAGCUCCAGGAUAAUUAUAAUAUACAGCAGAGAAUAAGGGAAGGUGCCAAGAAUAUUAUGAGAGCAUAUGAAGACUCCAGUACACAUAACUACAAAUUACCAGUACAUGAAGCUAAGAUAGAGUUUAAAGACUGCACCCAGGCUAUGUGCUGUAUGGAAGCAGAGUUAGCAACAUUAUUGGGAUAUUUUCAUCUUGAAGUUAAAGGAAUUACUGGUUAUGCCAGGCUGUGUGUUGGAGAUCAUUUUGAGGUUGUUUUGAGACACGGUGCACAGAAGUGGAAGUUCCGUGGCAAGGUUGAGAAAGACAAUGAGCAGACAUGGGAAAAUAAAAACAUGUUAUUGUAUCCUCUAAUUGCAGAUAACAUCAGUAUAAAGGUAACUGAAUUGAAAGGUUUGGGUCGUCCUAAUAUAAUUGUUGGUAAUAUGGAAUGUGAUACCAAUGUCUUGUAUAAACCAGAACAACAGGACUUGACUGUCGAUAUCAAUGAUGCAGGAACAUUGAAACUUAACAUGAAAAUAGUUUGGAGUCCAUUCCAGUUAGAAGAUGAUAGUGGUAUAUCAUACUCUUCAACGGGCUCUAUGAGUAAAAAUAGUUUAAAGUCUUUACACCAUAAAGAAAGAAGUGGAAUUGAUGGUAUCCUGAGUAAGGUUCAGCCUUCAAAAUUAUGUAAUUCACCUACCACAACUAGCUCCAACAGUUCAAGUGAUGGUAAUCAUGUCAGUAGGCCAUCAUUGCACACUGCAAUACACAAUGUGAAAUGUGUAAUACACGAACACAGGGGAAUUUAUCCACAAGUGCAAAAAUUAGAUGAACAGAUCAAGAAGCUAGAAGAACUGAUUAUGGAAUUAGAAAGGCCUUUACACAAAUCACUGCCUAGGAAUUAUAAUAGUUAUUGUAUAUUGUUUGUCAAAAACUUUGGUUAUAACAUUGAAUCGGAAAUUAUUGAAAAUAAUGUUAAUGAUUUUAUGGAAGAUGAAUUAAUUGGGGAUGAUAUUGCAGCUCGGAAUAAUGCCAAUGAAUGUCCUGCACGGACAGAGAGUUUAAUAGAUGCUAAUAAGUGUUCUACCCUGGAAAAAGAUUUCACGAAUGCAGAUGUGAUAGCAAGGAAUAUUGUGAAUGAGAACAGCAACAUAGAUGUCAUUGAGUCUGAAGUAAUAACAGAGAACAUUACGAGAGAAGACCUAGCAGAAGAAGAGGUUGAAGUAAAAACCCCUGUAGAUAAAUGUGAAGAGGAAUGGCAUGGAGUCAGACGUGAAAACUGA